AUGUUCCGUGCUGCAUUUGAUUACGACCCUUCAAUCGACUAUAAUGUACAUGGAUAUAUUGGAAUGAUGGAUGUUAUAUGCUCACAUUGUGAAGCGGCUAAAUUCUCGGGUGAAACGGCUGGAAUGUGUUGCGUUAACGGGAAAGUUAAAUUGCCGGAAUUUGAACCGCCUCCUGAACCAUUACAAUCAUUAAUUUUUGAGACAUCACCAGAAUCGAAACAUUUUUUAAAUCAUAUACAAGAGAACAAUUCGUCUUUUCAAAUGACUUCUUUCGGCGCUACAAAAAUUAUAAGAGAUCAAUUUAUGCCGACAUUUAAGAUCCAAGGUCAAAUUUAUCACCUAGCGGGUUCAUUGUUACCGCUCCCCGACGCUAACCAUCAAUUUUUACAAAUAUAUUUCAUCGGAGAUAAAAAUCGUGAAUUAAAUCAACGCUGCACAAUUGGUUCUCACACAAAAAGAGAAAUUCUUUGCGAACUACAAGAUUUAUUGCAUCAGCACAAUGAAUUAGUCCAAUUGUUCAAAACUGCUAUGGAUCGGUUGCCAUCUGAUAAUCACAGAAUCGUUAUAAGAGCCGAUAAAACUCCAACUGGAGAGCAUUCAAGAAGAUUCAAUGCACCAACCAUUGAUGAAGUGGCCAUUGUGAUUGUUGGCGAUCAUUUUCAAUCUCAAAAUAUUAUUCUUCACCGUAGAAAUGAACAAUUACAACGUGUUUCGGAGCUUCAUCGUUGUUACGAUGCUUUACAGUAUCCUACAUUGCACUGGAAUGGCCAUGAUGGAUAUAGUAUCCCAAUGAUUAAUCCAAGCACAGGUACAUAA